ACGCUCCCUGGUAGUUGUACCAGCUGACCGAGUAGAUCAUGUGACCGGCUACAAGAAGACUAACAGGGAAAAAGCAUAACGAGGAAAAGACAAGGGCUCGUAGUGGACUGAGAUGGUCAGCGUUCAGGGUUAAAACAACACCUGAUUAACAAUGCGUAUAAAAAUGUGCAGUUUUCUGUAAUAUUUCAAGCUAGUUACAUAAUAAGAUUGGACUACAGCUGCUCUCGGCCUUGCGACCGUGGACGCAGGAUCUCCACAGUGAAGCUGCAAAGCGGUGAGACGGUUUGAGAAAAGCACAGCUGAGCAGCACAGCCAUGGCUUCAGAUAUCAACUAUCAGGACGGCCCAGUGUUUCCUCAAAUAAACGAGAGUCCAGGAGAUAAUGACGAUGAACCCAUCCACCCGAACAGUCCAACCAGCCGGCAGAGCGAGUACGAGCGAAUUGGAGGCAGAGACGGAUCCUCUUUCUUACAGACGUUAAUUCAUUUACUGAAAGGAAACAUCGGGACUGGGCUGCUCGGCUUGCCUCUAGCUGUGAAGAACGCAGGACUUCUGAUAGGCCCUCUGAGUCUGCUGGUGAUGGGCAUCAUAGCUGUACAUUGCAUGCACAUCCUUGUGAAAUGUUCACAUCAUCUAAGCGCAAAGUUAGGGAAGCCAUUUCUGUCCUAUGGGGAAGCAGUGGAAUAUGGGAUGGAGAAUGUGUCUUGGUUAAGAAGGCAUUCUUUAUGGGGAAGACGUUUGGUCAAUUUAUUCCUGAUCAUCACUCAGCUGGGCUUCUGCUGCGUGUACUUUGUAUUCCUGAGUGACAAUGUCAAACAGGUAAUUGAGGCUGCCAACAGGACCACGAUGAACUGUGACACCAAUGAGACAGCUAUUGUUGUUCCCAGCUUUGAUUCCCGCAUUUACAUGGUUAUCUUCCUCCCCUUCAUCAUCGCACUGGUGUUCACACGUAACCUAAAGUUCUUGGCCCCUUUCUCCUUUAUGGCCAACGUGGUCAUGUGUACCAGCUUGGUGAUCAUCUACUACUACUGCCUAACGCAUAUCCCACACCCUGUUAACCUCCCUUUGGUUGGAAAAGCUGUUGACUACCCUUUAUUCUUUGGAACUGCUAUAUUUGCAUUUGAAGGAAUUGGUGUGAUCCUGCCACUAGAGAACAAAAUGCAGAAGCCUCAGAACUUCAGCAAAUUGCUGUAUUUAGGAAUGGGUAUCGUCACCAUGCUGUACAUCUCCCUCGGGACCAUCGGGUACAUCUGCUUCGGAGGGCGCAUAGGGGGCAGCAUCACACUCAACUUACCUGACUGCUGGCUGUAUCAGAUCGUGAAGCUGCUGUACUCAUUUGGGAUCUACAUUACGUAUGCACUACAGUUCUAUGUGCCAGCUGAAAUCCUGAUUCCCCCGGCAGUGGCGCGGGUCAGGCCCAGGUUGGCGCUGCUUGUAGACCUCAGCAUCCGAGUGGGCCUCGUCCUCCUUACAUGUGCGUUGGCUAUCCUGAUUCCAGAGCUGGACCUGGUCAUCUCAUUGGUAGGUUCGAUCAGCAGCAGUGCUUUGGCGCUCAUAUUUCCUCCCCUGCUGCAGAUCCUCACCUUCCACACAGAGGGCAUUUCAAUCUGGCUGCUGAUUAAGAACAUUGUCAUCAGCCUUCUUGGUCUGUUGGGCUUCAUCACCGGGACCUACAUCUCUAUCGUGGAAAUCAUUCACCGCAAUCAUUCUAAGCAAAGUGGCACCUUUCAGGUCUUUUGGUGACAGUCAGUCUAUAAUUUAUAGACUGGUUGGUCCGUUUCAUAUCUGCCCAGCCGAUUGAUUUUAAUGUAAUUUAUGCUUGAGAUAAUUUGCGAACUAAAAUAAUACCUCAGUUUUAUGACAAAGAAGCUAUUACAGUUGAUUCAUCUUGAAGCACCAGUGAGUGGUUUAUAUUGUAAUAUUCUCCACAGCUGGAAUACAUUUUAUAGUAGUGUUUUAACCUUGGGGUAUUGUUUUUUUGUUAUUGUUGUUUUGUUUUUAUACUUUUCUUUUAUUUCAUUUAGUUUACUAGAUUUUUUUAUAUGAUCAGAUUACAAAUUACAAGAUUUAAAAAUACAAGUACAAAAUUUCUCAUUCUAGAAAAAAUAGCCAAACUGAAAUCAGCUAGAUUUUGAGCUACAAUUUAAAUGUCACACAAAGUGCUAAAAUGACCAAUUAUAUAUAAUAUAAUUAAUAAAAUAAUAUAUAAUUAUAUAAUAUAAAUAAUAUAUAUAAUUAAUUAAAUAAUAACC